ACAGAUGCUGAAAGCCACCGUCGAGUGACUCUGAAUAGAAAUUCCCCUUCCGUCAAUCUGUGAUCUUCAAUGAUUCCGAGCGAGACCAAAUUGCUGUGUGAUUCAUCACCUCCCGUCAUCGUAAAAGUGAGGACAAAUGUGUGCCCCCGGGAAUGAGAACCUCCAGUGCCUGUUCCGGCUUCUAAAGUGGACACAACUCGAGGAAUAAGUGAGCAGCAGUGUGGUAUACGCAACCCGCCGUCCUUGGACAGAAAGUCCGAAGAAACGCAACUCAAAUUCUAAAAAGAACAACUCGCAAGCAAUGCUCCAGCUGGCGGAAUUCGCGGUCAACAGCUUCUGGAUCUACUGCACCCUGUCGGUGGUGGUCAUGGUCACGCUGGUCACGACCCUGGCCUCGUGUCUCUGCUGUCGGAAGCAGGAGAUCAAAAAUGACCUGCUCGGGCUGGAGGGCAUGAUGAAGCUGACCAACCCGGAGGACACGCUGACGGGCCAUGGCCAAGGUGGCGGCGGCCUCGGUGGUGGAUUGAUGGAACGCGAUGGAACCGACGGUGGGCCAACCGACCAGACCGACUGCAGCGAACCGGAGAGCAUUAGCAAAAGGGCCUCCAAUGCGCCACAUCGCAGCUUGCCGGAUAUUCCGGUGGUGGAACCGGCCGGGGACAACAACUCGGAACUGUACGCAACCGUUGGCGAGAACAAAGUGCAGGAUUUACCUCAGGGAAGAAGCCCGACUUCCAGUCUGAAAAAGCAAGCCAGCGUCUCGCAGCACAGCUCCAUCAGCCAGGCGGACGACAUCAGCUCGCCGUACGCGCGCGUCCGCUCCCCACCGCACGCCUACGACAAGCUGCGCCGCGGCGUGGAACAUCCGUACGCGCAGGUCGUGCAACCGGGCCAUGUCGGCGGAGCGACGGCCCAGGUCACGGCGGUGGUCACCAUGAACGGCGGCGGUGGCAACGCCGACGACGACGACGACGAUGACGACGGCGAACUGAUGAGUCCGAUUUCGAGGCGCGCGGGACCGUCCGGAGGGGGUGCGGGUGGGACUGGAGUCGGCGAAGGUGGUGCGGGGGGAGCUGAUUCGAACCAGAGCUUGCUGGACGAGCGGGAAGCUUCGACGGUGGACAUUCCGGCAGCAUCGGCAAUCGCUGGGCGGGUGUCCGCCAGCCAGGACCUUCCGUACAUGACGCCACCGAUUGUGCAGCCUGGCCAGCAGCACUUUAGCGGGGACUCGCAGGAUUCGUCAAAAGGCUACACCAGUAUAAGCGUGCGGGAACCGCUGGCCAACCUCAUACCUCAGGGCCCCAACCAGACCACCGCGCAGCGGCGCCAGAUUUUGGGCGACUCGCACUACGCCACCGUGUCGGAUGAUUCCGACGAAAUGUACGCAGCGAUAGAAGAUCCAAACAACCAGGUUGACCUGUACACGAGCGGUUCGGAGACGUACGCCCAGAUCCAGCCUCCGAACAUGGUCACGGUGUCGGUGGAGAUCAACACGGGCGCAUCGAGUCGCCCUCCGACAGGCCACCAGGAAGAUUCGAUGGACGCGCUGCAGCCACUUCCUUCAAGUUCAGGCCACGUCGCCCAGAACAGACUAAGUUCCAUCAGCGGAGGAGGAGGCGGUCAACUUCAGGGUGGCCUCUCGGUUGAUUCGGACUCGUCCGGCCAACCUCCGCCUCCGUCCAUCGACAGCCUGCGCGCUCACCAGCCUCAUUCGGCGCACUCGGCCGCCGCGUACGCCCACUCUCGCCAGGCGUCCAGCUCGAGCUGCACCAGUUCCGUGGGCAAUCUCGGUUCGCCCAAGCCGGAAAAGCGCCAAGCCAACUCGCCCCUUCCGCCGACACCAAAGACGCUCAAGCACCAGUCGGCGGUUUCGGGUGGGGGCGGUCCCGGAGCGGGGUCCAGCUUCCAGUUUAGCAACUCGAACCUCACCUCGAUCAGCUCGAACAACUCGUCGCAGACGGUGAUUGGGGUGGCGACGUCGUCAUCCGGGCGGAACUCGGCCGCGUCCGUCAUUGAGUACAAAACGUCGCGGGAGAAUAUUGCCGUUGGAGGGGGGAAGGAGGACGGUACGGGGCAACAAUUGGCCAACGGGAACGCGAUCAAGCCGAAGAAGAGUCCCUCGAAGGAUUUGGAGGGGAUGUACGCGAAGGUCAUGAAGAAGAACAAACUGUCGAAGGCGCCGUCGCAGAACUCGAGUCCGGUUCCGCUCCGGAAGGAGGCCAUGCUGGCGGAGGGAGAACAGUUUCUUUCGGAUCCGGAGCUGGCCUCGGCAGGCCAACUCAAUGGCAGUGGAAGCUCGCUGCACGGAUCUCCGGGCAAGAAGGCGGUCAAUGAUUACGAGACGCUGGACAAGAACAAGCAACGGCGUGGGAAUGAUCCCGGGUACGAGACGAUUCCGGGGGAUGGUGGAGGAUCGGUGGAGAUGCGACGGUCGGCGGAUUACGCGCAGAUUCAGAAGCGGAGUAGUGGGCUGGCCGUGGCGCACGGGAUUCAGAGCGUCUCGCGGAACUCGCUGGAGAUUUUCCACGGGUUGGACAAGUCGUCUGGGGACGGAGGUGAGCCGGGCUACGAAAGCUUGCCGGGAAGUCACGAUCCAGGGUACGAGACGUUGAACAGAGGGCGAGCGGAGUCGGAUUCGGAUCCGAACUACGAGAUUUUGAGGCCAACGGCGAGCGUUGCUCCGAGGGUGGGGAAUGAUGGCUACAGCAGCAUACGGGACAAACGGGGAGCGAAGAAUCGGUUAGACUUUGGAAAGGACGAUGAUAACGAUAGCACGCCCGGUUACAGCAGCAUCCGGGAGAAGAUCGACUACGACCCGGGCUACAGCGUGAUAACGGAAAAGAAGAAACCACCUCCGGUUAGCCAUGACUACGCCAGCAUUACCGAGGACACCAAGCGGAAAAAGCAAGCACUGAACAACAACAACAUCGACCCCGGGGAAGACUCGGACAUUUACUCGAGCAUCACGAACGCCCCGCUGGUCACUCCCACGGUCACAACUCCCGCCGGCAACCCGAACGCCUGUUCGCCAGGCUACUCGAGCAUCUCGGAGACUCGCACCACCCCGUCAACCGACAGCACAAGCUCCCCGGACAACGCCAUCGGGUACGCGAAGCACUCGCCACACACCGGCGGAACCGGAACCACCAACAACAGCGCCAGCACCGGCCGGCUCUCCUCGUCCAACUACGAAUCUCUCACCGGCAGCGAGUCCGACCCGAACUACGAGUCGGUCAAGUAUCUGAACGUGCGCGAAAACCCGUACGAACGCCUCCACAACGAAGCCGGCCAAACGCCGAGCACGGCCGGUCCCUCCUCGAACGAUUCGCUGUCCGGGUCGGUCACGCCCGGCGCCGAGGACGCACAGCCGCCGGCAAACAAUGCCAAAACGCCCACCGUCAGCGAACUGGAAGCCACCGGCGUCAGCGAUUACUUUCAAGUCUGAGCGCCGCGUCGCGUAAGUAUUUACAUGUUUAUUGUUUCCGUUUUUUUCUGUUGUUCGAAAUCGAGAAUAUUUAUAUUACUUGUAUUUAGAGUAAAACUGACACACACACAAACAGAUGAUUAAUAUAUUGAACACAAAAAUAUAUAUAAUCCGCGAGCGCAGCUUAGAAUCGACAAGUUACAUCUUGACUAACGCAAAGAGAGUGAGAGUGAGAGGAGGUUAUAAUCCGUCUACGUUUAGUAGAAAAUUCGCAAAUAUUUUUACUCUUCAGCAAUCGACUAACGAAUAAAUUAGAAAUUAAGCCCGCGGUGGCAAAUCAUUUUCAAAAAAUGACGCCCCCGCCCACAAUUUAAACGCCUAGCUUCGUAAGCAAUUAUUUAUUGUUACAUUAUAUUGGCUUAACCCUCCCCCAGCAUAACACGUUCUUCCUCCUCGAUCAUCGUGCGAGCAACGAAAAGACGAGAGUAUUGUUUUUGUUUAUCGUCUAGUUUAAUCAUAAAAUAAAAUAACCUCGUAAGUCCAACGAAACAUUCCAACGGUCGCAGUUUAUUGUGCAACUAUUAACUAUUAAGUUUCGAUCACAAAAGAAUACUUUCUACUUAGUUUGUAGGAUUACAUAAUGAAAAAAAAAAGAUACAGCGCGCGCGUGAAAACCCGCCCCGCCCAAAAAAAACCGAGACACCAAGUAUUCCAAGUAAUAAGUUUUGAGAGUUCGAUCGAGGAUCGAUUGAUACUACACCACUGCAAAAUGUGCUAGUUUGUGUGAGAAGAUGAGAAAUAAAAACGGAAAAUCCUGAACCGCAAUGAUAUACUAAGCCA